AUGAUUGAGAUGCUCACACAAAAAUUUAAUCAAUUUGUUAUUCACUGUAAUUUGAAGCCCUCCUCAGAUAAUGCACCAGCGCAAUUCAAUAACGAGACCCCUGAACCUGACAACAAUGAUGAGAAUAGUAUUUCCAAUAGAAUCCAUGAAAGUUCUCCUGAUCAGGGUCAUACACUCCCAAUAUUGAAAAAGGUUCUUGACUUGAGUACCCAAGUUCAGAAUUUGAAGAAACAACACGUAGCCCUAUCUGAUCAAGUAAAACUCACUAUAGAGUCAUUUCCAGGCCUGGAUGUUUUGAAGUCUGUUCAGCUACUUGGUGCUGAAUACGAAGUCUUGAAGAGAAAGUACCUGGAGGAGUCCUUUGAGCGUAGGCGGCUUUACAAUGAAGUGAUUGAACUGAAGGGAAAUAUCAGAGUUUUCUGCAGAUGCAGACCAUUAAAUCAAAAUGAAAUAGCCAAUGGAUCAGCAGUGUCUGUGGUCAAUUUUGAGUCUUCUCCUGAUGAGCUCCAAGUCAUUAGCUCUGAUUCUUCUAAAAAGCAAUUUAAAUUUGAUUAUGUAUUCAGACCUGAAGAUAACCAAGAGGCUGUUUUUACACAAACAAAACCUAUCGUUACGUCCGUAUUGGAUGGGUACAAUGUUUGCAUUUUUGCAUAUGGUCAAACUGGAACUGGCAAGACUUUUACGAUGGAGGGAACACCAGAGCACAGGGGAGUUAACUAUAGAACCCUGGAGGAAUUAUUUCAUAUAUCUGAGGAGAGACGUGGCAUAAUAAAAUAUGAAUUACUUGUUAGCAUGUUGGAGGUUUACAAUGAGAAGAUAAGAGAUCUCUUGGUGGAAAAUUCAGUUGAGUUUACUAAGAAGUUGGAGAUAAAGCAAUCUGCAGAUGGAACCCAAGAAGUCCCAGGACUUGUUGAAGCUCGUGUUUAUGGAACAAAGGAUGUGUGGGAAAUGCUGAAAUCUGGAAACCGAGUCAGAUCUGUUGGAUCCACCAAUGCUAAUGAGCUUAGCAGUCGUUCUCAUUGUUUGUUGCGAGUGACUGUUUUGGGGGAAAACGUAAUCAAUGGCCAGAAAACAAGGAGUCACCUUUGGCUAGUAGACUUAGCUGGCAGUGAGCGUGUGGGGAAAACCGAAGCCGAAGGAGAAAGACUGAAGGAAUCUCAAUUCAUAAACAAGUCUCUAUCAGCACUUGGUGAUGUAAUAUCAGCCCUUGCAUCCAAAUCAGCCCACAUACCUUACAGGAACUCGAAGCUCACCCAUAUACUCCAGAGCUCUUUAGGAGGUGAUUGCAAAACUUUAAUGUUUGUCCAGAUAAGUCCAGGUGCAGCAGACUUAACAGAGACACUUUGUUCUUUGAAUUUUGCCACACGUGUGCGAGGAAUUGAGAGUGGCCCAGCCCGCAAGCAAGCAGACCUCACUGAACUGUAUAAGUACAAGCAAAUGGCAGAAAAGCUCAAACACGAUGAGAAGGAAACUAAAAAAUUACAAGAUAACUUGCAGACAGUGCAGAUGAGACUUGCUACCAGAGAACUCAUGUGCCGAAAUCUUCAAGAGAAGGUUCGGGACCUUGAGAACCAGAUAGCCGAGGAGAGAAAAAUUAGACUGAAGCAAGAAAGUAGAUCGCUUGCUGCUGUUUCAGCUCAACCUUCAACAAUGUCAUCGUUAAAUCACACAGCAGUUCAGAAAGCCACAAAGAAGCCACCACUGGAUCCUUCAAUAAGACCCCCACUAAGAAGAAUUACUAAUUUCUUGCCUCCCCCACCUGAGAGAAGGCCCUCACGUUGCUCUUCUGUAGAUGGAAAAGAAAACAUUGCCAGAACAACCUCGAUGACUACAAAUACACAAGUUGGCCUUAUGAAACCAAGAAGAAGGGUAUCCAUUGCUGCAAGGCCCCCACCUGCACCAUCAACAACACAGGUCUUUCAGCCUAGAAGGCGAGUUUCCAUGGCUACACUCCAUCCUGACUCAACAUCUGGCAUGUCAACAACUCCACUUCACAGCUCCUCUCAAUUCACUUGUGCAAGCAGUGUUCAGCAAUCACUGAUAAGGAACCAAAGGAAAGCUCGAUAUUCAAGGUUGUUUGCUCCAUUGCCAGAAAUUAGAACUUCAGUUGAGACAACACCAACGUUGAUGAGGAGCAGCAGUAAGUUUGCAGGCAGUCCAACACAGGUCGCUUCGCGGAUGGCAGCUAAGCAUCCAACUGUCCUUGCACUGCAACGAAAAUCUUUAGUGUGGAGUCCUCUCAAGCAGAGAGGCUUGAAAAAUAGUAGCAGAAAGUCAUCAAUCUUGCAGGCUUGA